UUGCAUCACUGCUCUCCAGUUCACAGUGCACAGUCCAUAGGUCUACUGCUUUCACGAACGUUUAGCGAAUGUCGAAUACCCGUAAUAAAAAUAUAUAUAGUUAUGCGUUAAAUGCGUAACCGUCAUCUUCAGUAAUUGGUGUGCAAUCUCUUGCUAUAGAUGCCACGACUAUAAGCAUAACACACAUAUAAAUGAACAUUAUUCAUUACGCUGUUAAUCACAGGUCACACAUUAUGGCUACCCAAAAGCUCGUUUAUCCUGCGGCGAACCGUAAUAAAGAUCCAAUAUUAUCAGUUUUAAAACGAUAUAUUCAACCUGGUAUAAAUCAGACCCUCCUGGAGAUAUCCUCCGGUACGGGACAACACGUGGCACAUUUCGCACCGCAUUUUCCACAAGUUACGUUUUAUCCCUCGGAAUACGACUCAAAACUUCUGGACAGCAUCGCUGCGUACGCGAAUGGAUACUCUAAUAUAAAACGUCCCAUUAGAAUUGACAUCACCACUGACUAUCGGUUAUGGGGUAACGGCAGCUUCAAAUCGAAUAGCUUGGAAUAUAUAUAUAAUGCGAACAUGAUACAUAUUUCGCCGUAUCAGUGCACUAUUGGUUUAUUUAACAAUGCGAGUCAGUUGCUGAAGCCAAAUGGGCUACUAAUUACUUACGGACCGUACGCUUUUGAUGGUCAAAUCACUCCGCAGAGUAAUAUAGAUUUCAACGAAUCCUUGAAAUUGCAGGAUCCAAGUUGGGGUUUGCGAGAUGUAACAGAUUUGAAAAUAUUAGCUGCAGAGAAUAAUAUCAAAUUAAUAGAAAUCGUAGAUAUGCCCGCUAAUAAUAAAACGAUCAUUUGGAAAAAAUGCGCUUAUUCGUAAGGAAUUGAAGCUCGUGAAACAAGUUUGUUCUUAAACGAAUUGUAAACUUAAAUUUACACAUAUGUAUAAGUUUAUUUUUAUUCAACUAAGUUAAAGCAUUAUUUUUUCAUCGCACA